AUGCAAGGCGAGACGGAUUGCGGUGUGGGUUUGGAUGGUGUAUGGUAUGUGGUAGACGCAGUGGGUGGUAAAGUUGAGGUCAGUUGUGGUUUCGUUGCUAGUCUUUACAGCGCAGACUGUGCAUCACUGGAAGACAGUUUACGAUUUGCUGCUGAAGGUACUUCACUUCGUCUGGCCUAUCAGGAUACGUCGAAGGACAAAACUGCGGCCUCCAAGAUGGACCCACAGCGCUCCGAACAAUAUGAACGCCUCGGUAUGAGUGCUGGCGUUGGCGGCGCCAGGACGAAGGUGAUUGGUCACUCGGCUGUGAGUGAUAUGAAGACGAUUGAAAGUGAGGACGCCAAUGAUUUGCGUGGACCCGGUGGUCGCAAGGGAAAUCAGAGUGGAAUGGGAACCUUUGAGGAAACUAUUGACACAUUCUCACGAGGCGGUAGCAACUGGUUGUACCUAUCUUCCAGUCGUGACGGCGACGCUUCCGACGAUUGGGACUUGGAUCCCUUCAAGGCACGAGCUGCUGCUGGACUCUCCUCGUCGUCAAGCAGAACUGGUCUCCUGGAUCUCCCAACCGAGUCUCGUACUUCUCGAUCCGGUAACAUUGGGGUGUCAAAAUCUUCCAACUCCACCUUUUCCUCGGCCUCGACAGAGCCACCCCCAAUGUCGGAGGAGAUGCGGCUCAAAUUACAGAAUGCCAAAUCUAUCUCUUCCGCAGAUUUUGCUUCUGAAGACCAGGGUUCCAACUUUGACAGUUCUCAGUUUGAAGGUCGAACCUCCUUAUCCAGUGACGAAUAUUUUGGUCGUCCCCAGCCCAAGUACCGCCCAGACUACAGUGUGGAGCUGAACAGCAUCAAGGAAGGUGUGCGGGAAGGCGUAACCAAGGUGGCUACGCGUCUCUCCGCCUUUGCCAAUGAUGUUAUGAGUCAAUUACAGGUGAUACUACUAUUUUUUGUGUAG